AUUUGUACACAAUAAAAACCGGCUUGUUUUUUCGCUGAAAAAGGUAAUAUACUUAACUAAAAGAAGGCAAAAGGAAGAAUCGGAGUAGUGGACUCACAAAUAAGAAGUUUAAUCCAGCGUCGCAAAGUGGACUUUUCUCUCUGCAAAAUGAUCAGCGACGUGCAAUUGGCCAUUUUCUCCAACGUCCUGGGCGUGUUUCUGUUCCUGCUGGUGGUUGCCUACCACUAUAUCAACGCCAAUACCGGAAAGCCCAGCGCCAAGGCAAAAUGAUCUAGGAUGUUCCCGCUAACAGACUAAUGUAGUUGUACCAGGAUAAUGAUAAUGCUGCUUCAUUCGCAAAAUAAAUAGUUGUACAAAUCUAA